AUGCUGCUCAAGCGCACCCCCCCACAACUCGUCCGCCCAGUCUUCGAUGCUCUUUUCGCCCCGCUGGCAGCCGUGGUGCUGCAGUCAGACGAUCACACGGAGCUGCAGAACGGGGCUGAGGCGCUGGCGAUGUUUGUGCGCAAGGGAGGGGAGGAGCUAGUGGCUGGCAGUGCUGACCCCGAUGGCACCAUGAAGACCCUGCUCGAUGCUGCUGCCAAGCUACUAAGCCCACAGUUGGAGCCGUCAGCAUCCCUGUUUGUGGGCCCACUGUUGGUGCAGCUCAUCCGCCGCGUGCCAUCGCGCAUGGCGCCACACCUUCAGGCGCUGGUAGCUGCCAUCGUGCACCGCAUGGCCGCCAAGCGCAUGCCCUCUCUCUCCGUCUCCCUGCUGCUCGUCUUCGCACGCCUGGUGCACUGGGCAUCACCGGAGGUGCGCCCGCUGCUAGACCUGCUCUCUGCGAUGCCCCUGCCCGGCCACCCAUCCGCCCUCCACUUCCUGCUCUCCGAAUGGGCCAUGUACCAUAGGGACAUACACGGGGUGUAUCACAGCAAGGUGGCGUCAGCAGCGCUGGCGCUGCUGCUGGCCUCACGUGACCCGCGCCUGCUGCGAGUGCCCGUGCAGGGCCGACUGGUCGCGACGUCCAAGGGCGUUGUGACUCGCUCACGAGCGCGUGUGGUGGCAGACAAGUGGACAGAAAUGGCGUUUCCAGCUAAGGGCUUGUCACUGCUGGCAGGUGUGUUGCUGGAGGCAAAGGAGGAGGGCGAACAGGCAGAUGCAUUGAGAGGGUCUCCCACCUUCCCAAGUAAGGCCGUAUCAUCCUCCCUGAUGAAACCUCUUUGGAAUUUCUCCUGCCAGCAGGAUCGAGACAUAGACGAGGAGGACGAGGAGGGAAGUGAGGAGGAAGGGGAGCGUGGCAAGGGGAGGGAGGGGCUGGAUGCAGGCCUGCCGCCGGUGUUUGCUUCAGCUGAACUCUUUUCCCACCUGCUGGACCAAGAGUUUGGUGAGGAUGCAGGGGAUGAUGACGAUGAUGCUCAAGACGACCCACUCAACCAGAUCAACCUGCCAGUGCUGAUUGCUGACGUCAUCAGGCAGCUGGCAACACAAGAUCCAAAUCUCUUCCAGACACUUUCUCAGGAGCUUACAGCGAGAGAGAGAUUAACCAUUCACCGGGACUAUGUGUGCGAACCAUUCUUAGAGUACCGGACUGUGUCUGGUGUCGCUGGUCCCUUGGUCAUUUUGGAAAAAGUGAAGGGUCCCAAGUUCCAGGAGAUCGUCAACCUGAGGCUCGCGGAUGGAGAGAUUAGAAGAGGUCAAGUUCUUGAGAUCGAUGGCGACAAAGCCGUUGUUCAGGUCUUCGAGGGGACCUCUGGCAUUGAUAACAAGCAUACGACAGUCGAGUUCACUGGCGAGGUGUUGAAAACGCCCGUGUCCAUCGACAUGCUUGGUCGCAUAUUCAACGGAUCUGGCAAACCCAUUGACGAUGGGCCUCCCAUUCUUGCAGAAGCAUAUCUCGACAUUGCUGGCAGUUCCAUCAACCCCAGUGAGCGAACAUAUCCCGAAGAAAUGAUUCAGACUGGUAUUUCGACCAUCGACGUCAUGAACUCGAUUGCUCGCGGUCAAAAGAUUCCCCUCUUCUCCGCCGCUGGUCUUCCACACAAUGAAAUUGCCGCACAGAUCUGUCGGCAAGCAGGUCUUGUGAAGCCACUGGAGAAGAAGGAUGAUUUGCUGAAGGACGAUGAGGAGGAUAACUUCGCCAUUGUGUUCGCCGCUAUGGGUGUGAACAUGGAGACCGCUGCGUUCUUCAAGCGAGAUUUCGAGGAGAAUGGUUCCAUGGAGCGUGUGACGCUUUUCCUCAACCUGGCCAAUGACCCUACGAUUGAGCGCAUUAUUACCCCUCGUAUUGCGCUUACAACUGCUGAGUACCUUGCCUACGAGUGUGGGAAGCACGUGCUUGUGAUCUUGACGGACAUGAGUUCAUACGCUGAUGCCCUUCGUGAGGUUUCUGCUGCGCGUGAGGAAGUGCCUGGGCGUCGUGGUUACCCAGGUUACAUGUACACUGAUCUUGCGACCAUUUAUGAGCGUGCUGGGCGUAUUGAGGGUCGCAAGGGCUCCAUCACCCAGAUUCCCAUCCUGACCAUGCCUAAUGACGAUAUCACUCACCCUAUCCCCGAUCUUACUGGUUACAUUACGGAGGGGCAAAUCUACAUUGACCGUCAGCUGCACAACAGGCAGAUUUAUCCUCCGAUCAAUGUGUUGCCGUCCCUGUCUCGUCUUAUGAAGAGUGCUAUUGGAGAGGGGAUGACCCGCAAGGAUCAUGGUGAUGUCUCCAAUCAGCUCUAUGCCAACUAUGCCAUUGGUCGUGAUGUGCAAGCCAUGAAGGCUGUUGUCGGAGAAGAAGCUUUGUCAUCUGAAGAUCUGCUUUACCUGGAGUUCCUGGACAAGUUCGAGCACAGAUUCGUCACUCAGGGAGCAUAUGAUGCUCGUGACAUCUACCAGUCUUUGGAUCUCGCAUGGACCCUUCUGCGUAUCUUUCCCCGUGAGAUGCUUCGUCGUGUGUCACCCAAGAUCUUGGAUGCCUUCUACAGCCCUUGGCAUAUUCAUCGUUCAAGCAAGAUGGCGUUGUUGCCACCAGGGAUGAAAAAGGACGAAGAUUUUGAUGGAGAGUUUGAGUACUCUCCGUUUUUCGGGAUCGAGAAGGGCUCCGUUCUACAGGAAGCUCGUGUAUUCAAUGACCCGCAGCUGGAUCCCCGAAGAUGUGCACAGGUUAUUACCAAGCUUCUGUAUUUGCUCAAUCAAGGCGAAACGUUUACAAAGACGGAAGCGACGGAGGUCUUCUUUUCCGUCACCAAGCUCUUUCAAUCACAAGACAUUGGCCUUCGGCGAUUUCUGUACCUAAUGAUCAAAGAAAUCUCCCCGUCAUCCGACGAGGUCAUCAUCGUGACAAGCUCCCUGAUGAAGGACAUGAACAGCAAGACGGACCUGUACAGAGCCAAUGCCAUCCGCGUGCUCUGUCGGAUCACAGACGGAGGUCUGCUGGGCCAGAUUGAGCGUUAUCUGAAGCAAGCGGUCGUGGAUAAGAACCCUGUCGUCGCCAGCGCUGCUCUCGUCAGCGGCUUCCACCUUCUCAAGACGAAUCCAGAUAUUGUGCGGAGAUGGAGCAACGAGAUUCAGGAGGCGGUGCACUCCAAGUCACCUCUCGUGCAGUUCCAUGCCCUCGCUCUCCUUCACCAGAUCCGGCAGAGUGACCGUCUGGCCAUCAGCAAGCUGGUAACCAGCCUCAUCCGAGGUGCUGUGCGCUCGCCGCUUGCACAGUGCCUGCUUGUGCGCUACACCUCCCAGGUGAUUGAGGAGAUGGGCCCCAACAACAACAACGCGCGUCCCUUCUUCGAGUUCCUCGAGAGCUGUCUGCGGCAGCGAGCAGACAUGGUGAUGCUGGAGGCAGCACGCGCCAUGACAGAGCUCACAGACAUUACCGGCCGCGAGCUCACCCCCGCCAUCACCGUGCUCCAGAUGUUCCUCUCCUCGCCCAAGCCCGUGCUGCGCUUCGCCGCCAUCCGCACACUCAACAAGGUCGCCAUGGCGCACCCGCAGGCGGUUACCAACUGUAACAUUGACAUGGAGACGCUGAUUUCGGACCCGAAUCGGAGCAUUGCGACGCUCGCCAUCACGACGCUGCUCAAGACGGGGAAUGAGGCGAGCGUGGACCGGCUGAUGAAGCAGAUCACCAACUUCAUGUCGGAUAUCGCCGAUGAGUUCAAGAUCGUGGUUGUGGAGGCCAUUCGCUCGCUCUGCCUCAAAUACCCCCAGAAAUACCGUGUCCUCAUGAACUUCCUGAGCGGUAUCCUGCGAGAGGAGGGGGGGUUCGAGUACAAGAAGGCAAUCGUGGACUCCAUCCUCAUUCUCAUCCGGGAGAUCCCCGAUGCCAAGGAGAUUGGCCUCUCACACCUCUGCGAGUUCAUCGAGGACUGCGAGUUCACCUACCUCUCCUCGCAGAUUCUUCACCUGCUGGGCAACGAGGGCCCCAAGACGCCAGAGCCAGCGCGGUACAUCCGCUUUAUCUACAACCGCGUCAUCCUCGAGAACGCCACUGUCAGGGCCAGCGCCGUCAGCACCCUUGCCAAGUUUGGCGCCCAAGUGGAAGCGCUCCGGCCUCGCAUUGUCACUCUCCUGCGCCGCUGUCUGUAUGACAAUGAUGAUGAGGUGCGAGACAGAGCAACGCUGUACCUGAACGUGCUGGGGGGCGACGGGCAGGAGUCAGUGGCAGCCAGUGGUGCCAGCGACUUCAUGCUGGAGGCUCUUGAUGUGCCCCUCGUCAACCUCGAGACUGCGCUCAAGCACUACGAGCCGAGUGAGGCACCGUUCGACAUAGACAGUGUGCCCAAGGAGGUGAAGGGGCUGCCCCCUGCCAAGGCGGGCGCCAAGAAAGCGGCCAAGGAGGCAGCAGCAGCCAAGGCAGCCGGCGGUGGUGCGUCGGCGUCAGAGGCGUACGAGAAGCUCCUCAACUCCAUCCCCGAGUUUGCCACCUUUGGCAAGCUGUUCAAGUCAUCAGCGCCAGUGGAGCUGACGGAGGCGGAGACGGAGUACAGUGUGAACGUGGUAAAGCACGUCUUCCCCGCACACAUGGUCUUCCAGUACAACUGCACCAAUACCAUUGCCGAGCAGAUGCUGCAAGAUGUCACAGUGCUCAUGGAUCUGGCAGAGGCGGAGGAGUUUGAGGAGGUUGCGACCAUUCCGCUCAAGAGCAUGGCGUACGGCGUGACGGGGCAGACGUUUGUGGCGCUGUCCAAGCCAGAGGGCGCGCUGACGCUGGGCAAGAUCACCAACAUCAUGAAGUUCAAGGUGGUCGAGGUGGACCCCAACACAGGCGACGCGGAGGAGGAGGGGUACGAGGACGAGUACCAGCUCGAAGACCUCGAGGUAUCGUCAGCGGACUAUGUGCGGAAGCUGAGUGUGCCCAACUUCAGAGCAGCAUGGGAGGCCAUCGACCCAUCUCUCGAGCGCGUGGACGAGUACGGCCUAGGCGUGCGCGACAGCCUGCAGGAGGCCGUAGAGGCAGUCAUCACCAUUCUGGGCAUGCAGCCGUGCGAGAGCAGCGAGAACGUGCCGUCCAAUGCGCGCUCGCACCAGUGCCUGCUCGCCGGGACGUUCCCGGGGGAUGUGUCGGCGCUGGUGCGGCUGUCGUUUGGCAUGGAUGCGCAGAAGCAGGUGGCCAUGAAGCUGGCUGCUCGGUCGGAAGAUGUCACGAUCAGCGAUCUGGUGCAUGAGAUCAUUGCCAACGCGUAG